AUGAAUUCCUUAUGUUGGAAUUGUCGAGGGUUUGGCAACCCUCGAUCAGUUAAUGCACUCCGUAACUGGUGUGCAACUCUUGCCCCCGAUCUUGUGUUUUUGUCUGAAACGAAAAUUCAUAGAAAAGCUGCUAAAAAAGCUAAACACAGAUUGGGUUAUUCUUGCGCUUUUGGUGUUAGUAGUAUUGGAUUAUCUGGAGGCUUAUGUGUUUAUUGGAAGGGGGAAAACAUCACUUUCAAUCUUGUUUCUUUUUCCCAAAAUCAUAUUUGUGGUGACGUUAUUGUGUCCAGUGACAGGUCUUGGCGUUUUAUUGGCAUUUAUGGCUGGCCCGAAACGGCAAACAAAUACAGAACGUGGGAACUUGUUCGAAAACUCUGCGAAAAUGUCCAUGGCCCUUUGGUGAUAGGUGGUGACUUCAAUGAAAUUUUGAGCCAUGACGAAAAAGAGGGUGGAGCGGACGUGGAGAGAAGAGCCAUCCCUGAGUUCAGAGAGAUGAUGGAUGAUUGUAGUUUGAGGGACCUGGGUUUCGAAGGACAUUGGUACACAUGGGAAAGGGGGAUAACGGCGCAAACUAUGGUUCGUGAAAGACUCGACAAGUUUGUAUGCAACACUUCUUGGGCAGCGGCUUUUCCGGAGGCCUCAGUCCAACACCUUGUCCGGUUCAAAUCAGACCAUACACCCAUCCUUCUCUCGAUGGGUAGGCCAAGGAAAAGAAAAAAGAAGCGCAAAAGAGCUUUCAAGUUCGAGUCGGCAUGGUUGCUAGAUGAUCAAUGUGAACGAGUGAAAUUAGAGGACCUGUACGAGAAGCAGGAGGCAUACUGGUACCUGAGGUCGAGGGUGGCAGAAAUAAAAGAUGGUGAUAAAAACACCAAAUAUUUUCAUCACAAAGCUUCUCAAAGAAGGAGGAGGAACGAGAUAAAGGGAUUGAGGGACGAAACGGGGAAGUGGUGCACGGAGGAAGAGGAGAUGGAAGUAAUUGUUCAGAAAUUCUACUCGGCUUUAUUCACUUCGUCGUCUCCAACUAUGUCUGAUUGUGACGCAGUUUUGGAGGCCUGCCAGCCUUCUAUUUCGACGUCACACAACGAGGAUCUUCUUAGGGAGUAUACGAAGGAGGAUGUUCGUGCAACCCUUUUCUCCAUGCACCCGUGCAAAGCUCCUGGCCCUGACGGUAUGCACGCCAUGUUUUACCAACGGUUUUGGCAUAUUGUGGGUGAUAAUAUCAGUAACCAUGUCUGUAACAUUCUUCAUGGAAUAUGCUCUCCGAGGAAAAUAAACAACACCAAUGUAGCCCUCAUUUCGAAGGUGAAAUCUCCUACCUCGAUGACGGACUUCCGGCCAAUAGCCCUUUGCAACGUUCUUUAUAAAAUUGCUUCUAAAGCAAUUGUGAUGAGACUCAAAUCCAUCCUGCCAGAGGUGAUUUCGGAGAACCAAAGUGCCUUUGUCCCGGGACGUUUGAUCACUAACAACGCCUUAAUUGCACUCGAGCUAUUCCAUACAAUGAAAAGGCGUAGCAAGGGGAGGAAAGGCACCAUCGCGAUGAAAUUGGAUAUGAGUAAGGCGUAUGACAGGGUUGAGUGGACGUUCCUGGAGCGUCUGCUUCUCAGGCUGGGGUUUGCGGAGAGAUGGGUUAAAGUGGUGAUGGACUGGAUGAUCAAUAAGGCCGUGGAAAGUGGUGAUAUCCAUGGUGCUCGGGCGAGCCGGAAUGGACCGGCUGUCUCACACCUUCUCUUUGCCGACGACAUUCUGCUUUUUGCUAGAGCCAACCGAAGGGAAUGCCAAAAGAUUGUUGAUAUCCUCAACAUUUAUGAAGCAGCUUCCGGGCAAAAAAUUAAUUAUGAUAAAUCGGAGGUCUCUUUUAGCAAAGGUGUUUGUGAGUCAAGGAAAGGGGAGUUGUUAGAUAUUUUGAAGAUGAAGCAGGUUGAUGAGCAUGCUAAGUACCUCGGCAUUCCAACGAUAAUUGGAAGGUCAAAGAAAUCAGUUUUUGCGGCCCUAAAAGAUCGAAUUUGGAAGAAACUCCAAGGUUGGAAAGAAAAAUUAUUGUCUAGAGCGGGGAAAGAGGUGUUGAUAAAGUCGGUCAUUCAAGCAAUCCCGACCUAUAUUAUGGGGAUUUACAAGCUUCCGGGCAAGUACUACCCAAAUGGUGAUUUUCUGGAGUCUUACCGCGGUCCUGCAAGCAGCUUUGCGUGGCGGAGCAUCUGGGCAGCCAAGGCCUUGCUAAAAGAGGGGCUGAUAUGGAGAGUGGGAGAUGGUAAGAGCAUAAAUAUAUGGCAUGACCAAUGGGUGGCUGAUGAAAGCGGGGGGCAUAUCACGUCUUCCCCUAACGCAGCCAUAGAGCAAGUGUGCGAGCUCAUUGAUCAAGAUUCGAAAGAAUGGAGGUAUGACCUGAUUUCAAAGUUUUUUAAUGACAGGGAUGAGAGGUGCAUCCUUGCUAUUCCCAUCAGCGACAGGAUGCCAAAGGAUGUGCUGACUUGGGCCUUCUCGAAUGACGGUUUAUAUUCCGUUAAAACUGCCUACAUGCUUGGCAAAUCAUGCAAUCUAGAUGAUAUUCACGCAGCCUGGUUAGAAAUAUGGAAACUAAAUGUUACCCCCAAAGCAAAGCAUUUUGUUUGGAGGGUAUGCACGGGUACCUUGCGAGUCCGCGCUUUGCUGAAAACCAGACACCUGUCAGACGUUGACGGCUGCCCGUUGUGCCCUGAUACGGUGGAGACCCUUAACCAUGCUCUAUUUGAGUGCCGUAGCGUGUGCAACCUAUGGAAGGAUAGUGGGUAUGAGGUCCUGCUCCGUAACUCUAAUUCUCUCCCUUUUGGGGAUCUGAUUGUAGCAUGGUCGAAGGAAGAAGCAAAGGUUUGCCAGAUGGGUGUGUUCUUGUUGUGGAGUAUUUGGAAUCGAAGAAACGACAAAAUCUUCAAUAACAGGGAGACACCACACAACAUACUGCUAGAAAGAGUUUGGAAACUAACCGAGGAUUUCAACAGCUACAACCAACGUAUCUAUGGGGCUGUUCUCACCCCUGCUGCACGCAGCCCCAAUACUUGGCGUCCACCUCCGCAAGAUGUUGUCAAACUGAACUGUGAUGCUGCUGUGAUAGACAAUGGAUGGGUGGGGAUGGGCGUGGGUGGCCAGGAAUGA